UCUGUGGUUUUCUAUGGAGGUUCCAUGUCAGAUAAAGAUCCUUCCGACGCCUGCACCACACCACCCGCCCCCCGCCUUGCCCGGGGUUGUGGGCACCGUGCUGCUGCACAUAUAAGGCGGGAGGCUGUUGCCAACUCUUCAGAGCCCCACGAAGGACCAGAACAAGACAGAGUGCCUCCCGCCAAUCCAAACAUGAGCCUCCUGCCCGUCCUGCUCCUGCUCCAUCUCCUGGUCAGCCCCGGACUCCAAGCUCCCAUGACCCAGACAACGUCCUUAAAGAUAAGCUGGGCUAACUGCUCUAACAUGAUCGAUGAAAUUAUAACACACUUAAACCAGCCACCUUUGCCUUCGCUGGACUUCAACAACCUCAAUGGGGAAGACCGAGCCAUUCUGGUGGAAAAAAACCUUCGAAGGUCAAACCUGGAGGCAUUCAGUAAGGCUGUCAAGAGUUUACAGAAUGCAUCAGCAAUCGAGAGCAUUCUUAAGAAUCUCCCACCAUGCCUGCCCAUGGCCACGGCCGCACCCACGCGACCUCCAAUCCGUAUCACGAACGGUGACCGGAAUGACUUCCGGAGGAAACUGAAGUUCUAUCUGAAAACCCUUGAGAAUGAGCAGGCUCAAUAG